AUGGUGGUUGUGGCAAAGCAGACAGAGUUAAUUUAUGUCUUAAGAGACUAUCCAUCCUGGAGAAGGGAUUUGAAGGCUUUCACUCUCCAUCCCUGUUCCACUUGGGUUGGUGGGAGUUACUGGGUAUCAUUCUGGCACUUCUGGUUUCCUACCAGCUUCUGUUCUUGUGAAGGCUAUUCUACAGGACAUUCCUUUGAAACUUGGAGCUCAGAGACGACUUGAAGCAAACAUCUCUGUGAACUUGAGUUUGGGCAUACAUUCCAGGUUUGCCAUAUGUGUCGUUGUCUCAGCAGAUGGCACCACCUAGUCCAAGCAACAGCACACCUAACAGCAGCAGCGGGAGCAGUGGAAAUGACCAGCUGAGCAAAACCAACCUCUACAUCCGGGGUUUGCAGCCAGGCACUACUGACCAGGACCUUGUCAAGUUGUGUCAGUCAUAUGGCAAGAUUGUCUCCACUAAGGCCAUAUUGGACAAGACCACAAACAAAUGCAAAGGCUAUGGCUUUGUGGACUUUGACAGUCCUUCGGCCGCACAGAAGGCCGUGACAGCACUGAAAGCCAGUGGCGUCCAGGCACAGAUGGCAAAGCAACAGGAGCAGGACCCUACAAAUUUGUACAUAUCAAACCUCCCACUGUCAAUGGAUGAGCAAGAACUGGAGGGAAUGCUGAAGCCCUUUGGCCAAGUUAUCUCCACUCGAAUCCUUCGAGACACCAGUGGGACCAGCAGAGGGGUUGGCUUUGCAAGGAUGGAAUCCACAGAGAAGUGUGAAGCCAUCAUCACCCACUUUAAUGGAAAAUAUAUUAAGACACCCCCCGGAAUACCAGCCCCAUCAGAUCCGUUGCUUUGCAAAUUUGCUGACGGUGGUCCAAAGAAACGACAGAACCAAGGAAAAUUUGUGCCAAAUGGACGGGCCUGGCCAAGGAAUGGAGACAUGGGUGGUAUGGCCUUGACCUAUGACCCCUCCACCGCUCUUCAGAAUGGGUUUUACCCGGGUCCUUAUAGCUUCACUCCCAACAGGAUGCUCACGCAGUCUGCACUCUCCCCCUAUCUCCCGUCUCCCGUGUCUUCGUACCAGAGAGAGGAAGGGAGAGGGAGAAACAUCGAUGUGAAAGAGAAAUAUCGAUCGACUGCCUCCUGCCAGCACCCCAGACUGGGCAUCAAGCCGGCAACCUGGAGAGUAACUCAGACAUCGCCUCUACAAGUACCUAACCCGUCGUGGAUGCACCACCAGUCAUACCUCAUACAGCCUUCAGUGAGUGUUCAGAAGCGGGCAAGAUGGGAUUUGAUGAGAGGGGAUGUGGGUUUGAGUUCUGGCUCAAGCCCUCAUGCAACCCAAGUGUCUGACCGGUUCAGUUCUGACCCCAGGGAUGGACCACCCCCUUUCUCUCCAGCCUGCCUCCAUGAUGGGACCUCUUACCCAGCAGCUGGGCCACCUCUCCCUCAGCACCACGGGCGCGUACAUGCCAACUGCGGCCGCCAUGCAAGGAGCUUACAUCUCCCAGUACACCCCAGUGCCUUCUUCCAACGUGUCAGUUGAGGAGAACAGCGGCCAGCAAAAUCAGGUGACUAUGGAUGCUCCCUCAGACCACGGGGUCUAUUCUUUCCAGUUCAACAAGUAACAGUGGACACCCCUCCCCGUCUUUGUUGAAUACAAAUGAAUUCUUGGAGAUGCUGAUGCUCCCAGACUCCAGAGCGCUAACCAGGAACACAGAUCAUCUGUGGGCCCUGCUAAGCCCUACCACUUGCCUCCGUUUCUCACAGGCCUGGGCCUGAGAAAGAAAUCUCGGCACUCGUGUCUGUGCUCUUCCUCCAUUCCUGCAGGAGCCAAGGAACCGGCACUGUGUGUGUGCUACGUUCAAAGGAAUCAAAACAACCUUUUUUUCCUUCUUUUGCAAAUAAAGUUUUAUGUGUUGUUUUGUUUUUUAAAAACUGCAAUAUGCAAUUCCCCUAUCCCAAAGAGACACGGUGCCUGGAACUUCUUAUCUUUAUGAAAAACACUUUUUGAUGUGUUGAACUGAUUUGAGAAGGCUUUUAAACUUUUUUUGUUCUUUUUCUUUUUUUCUCUUAAAAAAAAAGGAAAAAAGAAAGGAGUGGUGCUAAAACUUGAAGGAUCCCUACUGUGGGCCCUUCUUACGGAGUUUAGUUACGGACUUGUUUUGGUCUAAGAAAAUAUGCAGUUUUAAGUUUUUGCUUUAUAAAGCUCGCAACUCACACACCCUGUCUUUCCUCCACACAUUUUAUGCUUUGCUUCUCUCAUCCAUAUUUUUCUUCUCUUUCCCAAACAGCAGAGCUUGUCUGUUUCACUUUUUUUCAGUUUUUAAUUUUGUGAAUUUCUCUUUUGAAUGAAAUUUUCAUAUGGAAUCGUUAGGGGCUGGGCAAGGAACAGGCAGAACACUAAGCAUGCCCUGGAAGUGGCUUUCUUCCCGCUGUCCUGCCACAUCCUGUGAGAAAAACUAGACUUUGUCUUCAGGAAGCAGAGAUUCGACCCAGGCUCAUUAAGGAGACAACCCACAGCCUUGAAAGUCACACUUGAGCCAAAUUUGGAUGAAGACCAGGUCGUCCCUUGCAAGUUACAGAAGGAUGGGCUCAACUGACUUCUAAUUCUUCUCACUGCCAGGCUAACACCCUCUGAAGAAGUGUCCUCUCUAGCUACAGCUUUUCAAAAAUGCCAGCUUUUCUGCUUCCUGGAGGUUCUUGUCUCCUCUGGGGCUCAGGGGUCCCCCUCUUCCCCACCGCACCUUGCUGUGCUGGGGGCCUUUGCAGCCGUGACCCUGCUGGCUCCCCCUCGGCUCCGUCCCCACUGUGGAAGCUUCCUCGCUUCACUCCAGACUGACGGUAAAGGAGACCACUUGGCCUUCCCUGGAGACAUUUUUCACUGUCCAGCCUGGGGGUAGAGGUUGUGUGCUACUGGCACCUAGUGGCUAGACACCAGGGAUGCUGCUAACCAUUCAACAGUGCACAGGGCACCCUCCACACCCCCAACAAAGAAUGAUCUGGCUCAAAACGUCAGUAGAGCCAAGGUUGAUGAGAAACCUUGAUGGAGACAGUGUAGUCCCUGCCUCCUGAUCAGAGGAUCUGGCUCAAAGCCUGCCUGUCCCAUCUCAUGCCAGUGUUAUUACUGCCCCUCACGCUGAGAUGAUGCAGACCCCAGGCUGCUUGUGGACUUUUUGGAGGGUGAGUAGAGGUUAGGGAAGAUGUGGGAACGAUGAUGAGGAGAAAUGUUAUUUUUUAACCAAAGAAUUUGAAGAGCUGCCCAGACUUGAAAGCCUAGUGGCACUGAAGCAGGAAUAGCUCUUGUAAUAAGUGAGGGUUGUAGGAAGACAUUAAUUUGUGUUGAGGGUGAAAACUAGACCUUACUGGGCCACAGGCCAUCCCUGGGCGGGGCCACUGCAGCCCAGUUUCAUUUCUCUUCCUUUUCUAACUUAUGGAUCAGUGGACUCUUUCACCUCCUCGUGCCGGCAAUGCUCACUCCCUGCUGCUGCAGUGUCAGCCCUUUGGGGGCCUCUGUGUGGGUUGGUACUUUGCAGCACAAGGUGCUGUAAGGCCUUGCUGAAAUGGAAUGCUGUGGGGUCCUGGGCAGAGAUCUAGUUUUCCAGAAAAAAAAAUAAGUCACUGCUGCUCACACGUGUGCUCCACCUCUGGGAGAGCAGCAGCAUUGCACUUUGACCUUUUCCAAGAGCAAUAAACUUGGAUGGGAAAUCGGGUCUAAACUUGCCCCCGGCUCUGAUAGACCAGCUUCAGAGCAAAAGGGUGGUGUUACGAAAGUCAGCCUGUAAGGGCUGGGUCCUCAAUCUUACGCCUUGUCCUAUUCUCCCCAAUUCCCUCUUAAGCCAACUACUCCAUUACUGUGCUUACUUGCAUUUUAGGUCCUUCCAAGCAUUAACAGAACCCUCAUAUUGACUCAGCUUUCCCCCUUCCUUUCUUAGGAGGACGAAGGCAUAAUACCUGCUUUCCUCUACUCUUUCUGACCUUCAUGAGUGUUAGGAAGGUGGGGCCUAGAAAUGGUUCAUGAUCCAAGUGCCAACAUUCUGGUCACCCUAGAACAGUGUGCACGCUCCCCUAGGUCUUGCUGUGGUGGGCCAAGGGUAACUAACGACAGCCUGGCCUAGGAACACAUGGGACAGAGCAGAGCUCAGACUCUGGGUGACUUGGCCAGUGGCUGCCAUGUAGCUGAGAAGGUAAGCAAGCACCAAAGAGGGCAUUUGUGAACAGACUGUUCCUUCUCCAUCUUAUUCCAUGUAGGUGCAGGGGUGGGCAAACUUUUUGACUCGAGGGUCACAAUGGGUUCUUAAACUGGACCGGAGGGCUGGAACAAAAGCAUGGAUGGAGUGUUUGUGUGAACUAAUAUAAAUUCAAAGUAAACAUCAUUACAUAAAAGGGUACGGUCUUUUUUAUUUUUAGUUUUAUUCAUUUCAAACGGGCCAGAUCCGGCCCGCGGGCCAUAGUUUGCCCACAGCUGGGUUAGAGGGUCGCCAAAAUGAAACUUCUAGCCUGGAGGGUGUACAGCUUUCCAGCCACGUCUUCUCCCCACGACUGGUGCCCUAUCCCCUCACACACACUUUCUGGGUGGUGAGUGCUCUCUUGCAUGCACUUAGCACCUUGGACAGGAAAAAAGCUUCAUUUGGACUCAAACACGCCUUCUCUUUAUCCAGAGGCUUCUAGUUUUAGCCUCUUCCCAAGUCUAUGCCUGUGCCACCCAUUCAGCUUGUCCUUCCUUUUCUGACCUCUGGUAUUCUCAUGUUCCUCCCCUACAAUUUGGUAGAGCUUCAUUUUGUCUCAUUUCAACCUUUGUUUUUAAAUAAAACAUAAAGCACGAA